CGUGCCUUCGCCUCCUCUUGCGCUCUCAUGUUAAUGGCGGGUGGCGUCUGCUGAGGGGGACGCAAAUAACCGCUACCGGCACAGGGAAAGUCUCCCUGCCUGCCCCACUUCCUCUCGCCGCAAGUACUCGAGCUCGCCAGCAUGUCUGUGGUGCCGCCCAAUCGCUCACAAACCGGCUGGCCCCGGGGGGUCAACCAGUUCGGCAACAAGUACAUCCAGCAGACCAAGCCCCUCACCCUGGAGCGCACCAUCAACCUGUACCCUCUUACCAAUUAUACUUUUGGUACAAAAGAGCCCCUCUAUGAGAAGGACAGCUCUGUUGCAGCCAGAUUUCAGCGCAUGAGGGAGGAAUUUGAUAAAAUUGGAAUGAGAAGGACUGUAGAAGGGGUUCUGAUUGUACAUGAGCACCGGCUACCACAUGUGUUACUGCUACAGCUGGGAACAACUUUCUUCAAAUUACCUGGUGGUGAACUUAACCCAGGAGAAGAUGAAGUUGAAGGACUAAAACGCUUAAUGACAGAGAUACUGGGUCGUCAAGAUGGAGUCCUGCAAGACUGGGUCAUUGAUGACUGCAUUGGUAACUGGUGGAGGCCAAAUUUUGAACCUCCUCAGUACCCAUAUAUUCCUGCACAUAUUACAAAACCUAAGGAACAUAAGAAGUUGUUUUUGGUUCAACUUCAAGAGAAGGCCUUGUUUGCAGUCCCUAAAAAUUACAAGCUCGUAGCUGCACCGUUGUUUGAAUUGUAUGACAAUGCACCAGGAUAUGGACCCAUCAUUUCUAGUCUCCCUCAGCUUCUGAGCAGGUUCAAUUUUAUAUACAACUGAAUUCCUGCACAGUGGAGAAGUAAAAGAAGCCGUCUCUGUGAGCACAGCUAUACACAGUGUAGAAUAAACAUGGUAGAAAAGUUUUUUUUGUUUAUCUCUUUCCCAAUCCCUAAAUUGCUACCUACUUCUGUUGUUUGAAUAGUAAAGUUAAUAUGAAGAACUAGAUAGUGGUGUAAACAAAUGUGAUAAUGUUUAAUUUACUUUUUGGUUCUACUCAUACUUUUUUGUACAACAUUAAAGAAUAUGAACUUCUUUCUA